UCACAAUCUUCGUCUUCAGCUUUCCUAUUUGAAUCCUCUUUUCUCUUUCAUUUCCAAUCUCUUACAAAUCAUCCAACUUCGAUUUUUCCAUUUCUUAAAUUUUCAUUUAGGCACUCUUCAUUUUCCAUUUCCACUAUCUUUCUUAAUCAGUGUUUGCUUUCUCUCUACGCUUUUGCAGGAUCUGAUUAAUCCUGACUUUUAUAAAUAAAAAAAUUUCUGAAAAGGAAAAUCAAAGGCACUUUCUCUUGAGGAUCGUAGGGUUUCGAUUUUCGUUCUGACUGAACGAUGGAACCGCCAGUUGUUAGAUCGAGGGGUCGUCCGCGGAAACGGAGAAGAAAAGAGGACGAAAACGAUGUGAAAUUGGCUCCUGAAGCGAAGAAGCAAGCUAUGGGGACACGAUCGAUAGCAUUAGUUGGAAAAAAUGUGCUGAAAGAGUUCCCUAGAAAUGGACUUUUUCUCGGGAAAGUUGUGUAUUACGAGUGCGGGUUGUAUAGAGUUAAUUACGAGGAUGGUGAUUUUGAGGAUUUAGAUAGUAGUGAGGUUCGCAGGAUUCUUCUCAAUGAAGAUGAUUUUGAUAUUGAUUUAGCAAAGAGGAGAGGUAAAUUGGAGGAAUUAGUGUCACGGAAUAAUGCCAAAGUCAAAGCUGUUUCUGAGAAGGGCUCUGCUGUAGCAAAUAAGGAGGAAUCUGUGGUUGAUGUGCCUGUUUCAAGUGAAUUGAAUGGUGCGUCAUUGGGUAAAAAUGAUGAGGAAGAGGGUGACGAUGAUGAUGCGGAUGCUGAUUCUUCGAGUGACUCAAGUGCAGGUUUUAGGGAUAGGGAUUCUGGGUCUGAUGCUGAGACACUUCAACCCUUACUUCCACCAUUGCAGUUGCCGUCUUCGUCUGGAACCAUUGGUGUGCCUGAGCCAUGUGUUUCACAACUAUUUGCUGUUUAUGGAUUUUUGAGAUCAUUCAGCAUUCGCUUGUUUCUACUGCCUUUUACUUUGGAUGAGUUUGUUGGGUGCCUUAAUUGCCAAAUUUCAAACACUUUGUUUGAUGCCAUUCACGUUUCACUGUUGCGGGCAUUGAGGCAUCAUCUUGAAAUCAUUUCGUCUGAAGGCUCUGAGCUUGCAUCACAAUGCCUUAGGUGCAAUGAUUGGAGCUUGCUUGAUACAUUGACAUGGCCUGUUUUUGUGAUUCAGUAUUUAGUAGUUAAUGGGUACACAAACAGACCUGACUGGAAAGGAUUUUAUGACGAGGUUUUUAAUGGCGAGUAUUAUUUGAUGCCUGUAAGUAGGAAAUUAAUGAUAUUGCAAAUUCUAUGUGAUGAUGUUUUGGAAUCUGAGGAGCUAAAAUCAGAAAUGAACUUGCGGAAAGAAUCAGAGGUUGGGACAGAUUAUGAUUAUGAGGCAGAAGAUAUCAUUCCUUCAGAAGUUGGGCCAAGAAAAGUUUCAGCAUCAAAUGCUGUGAACCAACCUGGGAACUCCAUUUCAUAUCUCAGGGACACAGAAAAUACUGAAGAUGGCGAUGUUGAUAGAAAUGGAGAUGAAUGUCGCCUCUGUGGUAUGGAUGGGACCCUGCUUUGUUGUGAUGGGUGUCCCUCUGCUUAUCAUUCAAGGUGUAUUGGUGUGAUGAAAAUGUAUAUACCAGAAGGGCCUUGGUAUUGUCCAGAGUGCAAAAUUAAUAUGACUGGCCCAACUAUUGCGAAGGGCACAUCACUUCGAGGGGCUGAAACAUUUGGAAAGGAUUUGUAUGGGCAACUCUUCAUGGGUACUUGCGAGCACUUACUUGUGCUCAAUAUUGACAAUGAUGAAUUUCGUCUUAAAUAUUACAAUCAGAAUGACAUUCCUAAGGUUCUUCAAGUGCUUUAUGAACCCAUGCAGUAUAGACCACUUUACCAUGAUAUUUGCAUGGCAGUGUUACAAUAUUGGAGCAUUCCAGAAAGUUUCUUGCCUCUUGCUGUUUCAACUGGAACAGAUGUAAAGUCAGUAAAUAUAAAGGAAGAGACAGCUCUCUCUACAUCACUUCCCCCUCUGGGUGAAGGCAAUCAUAAACCUGUUAGUUUGGUGAAGGAAGAGUACCCUCUUACCACUGUGAAUUCAGUUCAUAGUGUUAUGGUGCCAUCUCUUGAUCCUUCAUCAGUUUCCACUCAAAGUCCUGCUCCUGCAAGCAGUGGCAAUAUUAGCAGUAAAGAGUGCCCUACUGUGAAUAUGAAGCUGCCUGAGGACACUAGGAUGGAGCCUGUCAUCUCUGCUGAUCUUGGUUCUGUUUCUGUUAGUUAUCAUUCUGAUGUGAACUAUCAAAGUUCUGUUAAUAGGUCAAGUGCCGUAGAUCCUGCUAAGUGCUCUUUGGUAAACAGCCAAUUUAUUAAUUAUGGCCAUGCAAAUCAUACAGGGAUGCCUAUAAAUUUUUCUUUGCAAACCAAAGAAAGCACCCAAAUAGGUUUUGGGAAGUGUGAACGCAACAUUACUAAUGAUUCUGGGUACAUGGGUUUCUCCUAUAAACCCUUGUCAUACAUUAAUUAUUAUAUGCAUGGUGAUUUUGCUGCAUCAGCAGCUGCUAAAUUUGCCAUUUUAUCCUCAGAAGAAUCUAGGUCAGAGGGUCAUGUGUCUGACAAUCAGCGGAAAACUGCAUCUGGAAACACUUACUUGCAAGCUAAAGCAUUCUCACUAACAGCUUCACGCUUCUUUUGGCCAAGUUCUGAAAAGAAGCUUGUGGAAGUUCCAAGAGAGAGGUGUGGCUGGUGUUUUUCUUGUAAAGCCCCUAUCUCAAGCAAGAGAGGAUGCAUGUUAAAUCAUGCUGCUAUAAGUGCCACAAAAAGUGCUAUGAAAAUCCUUGCUGGUUUUUCUCCUAUAAGGAGUGGAGACGGAAUACUUCCUAGCAUUGCAACUUACAUUAUAUACAUGGAGGAAUGUCUACGUGGUUUGGUAGUUGGGCCCUUCCUAAGUGCAAGCUAUAGAAGGCAAUGGCGUAAGCAAGUAGAACAGGCCACAACGUUCAGUGCUAUCAAGCCACUUUUACUUAAACUUGAGGAGAACAUUCGAAUGAUUGCUUUUUGUGGGGACUGGGUUAAGUUGAUGGAUGAUUGGCUUGUUGAAUUUUCCAUAAUACAAAGUACUACAUCUACUCUUGGAACAACACAGAAACGUGCACCAGGUGGAAGGCGUUACAAGAAGCAGUCAGCUAUUGAUGAAGCUACUGCUGAUGGUUGCCCUGAAAAUUUUGUGUGGUGGCGUGGUGGCAAAUUCACCAAAUUUAUAUUCCAGAAAGCAGUUUUGCCUAAAUCCAUGAUCAGAAAAACAGCUCGUCAAGGUGGUUUGAGGAAAAUUUCUGGUAUUUUCUAUGCUGAUGGCUCUGAAAUCCCUAAAAGAAGUAGACAGCUUGGUUGGAGAGUUGCAGUUCAAAUGAGUAGGAAUGCAUCACAGCUGGCACUUCAGGUCAGAUAUCUAGAUUUUUAUCUCAGAUGGAGUGAUCUUAUUCGUCCAGAGCAGAACAUCCAGGAUGGGAAAGGUCAAGAGACUGAAGCUUCUGCUUUUCGAAAUGCAAAUAUUUGUGAUAAAAAACUUGUUGAGGGAAAAAGUCUUUACGGAAUAGCUUUUGGAAGCCAAAAGCAUCUUCCUUCUCGAGUGAUGAAAAAUGUUGUUGAAAUCGAGCAGGGUCCAGAAGGAAAGGAAAAGUAUUGGUUUUCAGAAACACGUAUUCCUUUAUAUUUGGUAAAAGAGUACGAAGAAGGUAAUGGAAAUGUGCCAUGUGAUGAAGAACACCAGAGUACUGCAUCUGAGUCACAUAGAAGGCGGUUGAAAGCUGCCUGCAAGGACAUUUUUAUUUACCUUACCUGCAAGAGAGAUAACUUGGAUGUUUUCUCAUGUUCUGUAUGCCAUAUGGGUGUUUUAAUUCGGAAUGCUCACAGGUGUAGUGCAUGUCAAGGGUAUUGUCAUGAGGGCUGUGCCAUAAGUUCAGCAAUCUCUGCAAAUGAAGUUGAGUACUUGACCACGUGCAAACAAUGUUACCAUGCCAGGUUACUUGCCCGAAAAGAGACUAGCAAUGAAUCUCCAACCAGUCCCUUACUCCUACAAGGACAAGAGAGUAACCCGGGGACAGUUUUGAAGGGACCUAGGCCUAAAUCUUAUGAUCAAUUACUAAAAUCUGCCAGGACAAAGUCUAAUAAUCCUGACAUGAAACAGGUUACUCCUGUGGCAGUUUUGAAGGGAAUGAAGGCUAAAUGCUAUGAACAAGAAUCAACUUCUACCAGGACAAAGGAUAGUCAUUCUGACAUGAAACAAGUUACUUCUGAUUCCACUUUGGCAGCAAAAAGCCAUCGCAAGAAUUGUUCUUGGGGGAUUAUAUGGAAAAAGAAAAAUAAUGAGGAUACAGACAUUGAUUUCAGGCUCAAAAACAUACUUUUAAAGGGAGGUUCAUGCAUUCCUCAAUUGAAACCUGUUUGUCACUUGUGUCGUAAGCCAUAUAGGUCUGAUCUGAUGUAUAUUUGCUGUGAGACAUGUGGAAACUGGUAUCAUGCUGAAGCUGUUGAACUUGAAGAAUCCAAAAUUUCUAGUGUGUUGGGCUUCAAAUGUUGCAAAUGUCGCAGGAUAAAGUCGCCUGUUUGUCCAUACUCUGACUUGAAGCCUAAGAGACAAGAGGGCAAGAAGUCACGCACAAGGGCUUCAAAGAAAGAGCAUUCUGGAGCAGAUUCUGAUUCUGGAACAUUUUCUGAUAUGAGAGAGUGUGAACCCGCUACUCCUGUCUUUCCUGGGGAGGAUGAUCCUCUUCUUUUCUCUCUUUCAAGUGUUCAGCUGAUAACAGAACCUAGGUUUAAUGGGGAUGUUGACUGGAACAGUGUCUCUGGGUCAGGGCUUCAGAAACUGCCAGUGAGAAGGCAUGUUAAGCAUGAGGGGGAUGGUGAUGGUUCUUUUGGUGAUAUACCUUUGCAUGCUGAAUUCUCAAUAUACAGUGACGCAGGUAAUCUGGCUACACCUGCACAGUUGUCAUCAGCUUUAGAAUCUGACACAGCUGUGCCCUUUGACAGCAAGUUGCCGAAUGACUCUGAAAAUGUAAAUUUUGCUGACAUGGAUUUUGAACCCCAUACCUACUUCUCUGUGACUGAACUGCUGCACCCAGAUGAUAGUAGUCAGUUUGAGGGAGUUGAUGUGUCUGGGGACUUGACAGGAUAUUUGGAAAAUUCUUGUACCCUUGUUCCUGAAGAAUGUGGAGAUUUUAGUUUAGUUGAUAAAUCAGAACCUGCAUAUUCCUUACAAGACACCGGCUAUUGUUGUUGGAGAUGUUCACAAAUGGAACCAGCACCUGAUCUCUGUUGUGAAAUUUGUGGGAUUAUGAUUCACAGCCAAUGUUCGCCUUGGGUCGAAUCACCAUCUAGGCUUGGAAGUUGGAGGUGUGGGAACUGCCGGGAAUGGGAAUAAGCUGAUUGACGUUUCAUCCUGUUAAGCUUUGGCUGUUGAAUUUUUGCUCGUUCUCUUGGCGGAGGUGGUGAGUCCUUGAGAACAUUUGUAAUAAUAAUCAUGCAAGCUGGGCAAUGAAUGUUACAACCUUGAGGCAAGUUUAUGUCUAGCACUUUCAGAGGUUAAUUGGCUUGCGGGUUGCCGUUGGAAUGAUUUGCUGUUUUCUGGGUGUUUAGUGGACCCCAGAUUUUUCGAUCGAAAGAUAAGGUAUGAUUUUAAACCGGCAGUCGAUGGUUUUGGUUGAUGCGCUCGGAUAUCCGUGGUUUAUCGGCUGUUUUAUUCCCCAGUCGCAUAUGGUAUUGUUUUUCCCAUUUCACAAUCUACAUAAUUCAGCUCUGAUCUGAGAUAGGCAUGUUUUUUUUUUAACAAUGCUUAUCUGAAACAUUAUUUGUAUAGAUUAAAAUUCUCAAUUUUUUUGAGUUCGGUCGAAAUUAAGAAGCUUCACUCAAUUUAAAAAGAAGCUUCUAUACUGCAUUCAUAUUCAAUCGAAGUAAAAAUGCUUAAAAUCAGUGCAAUU